AUGUGUGAUCAUGUGGAGCAAAACCAACUGAAAAUCGGUAUACCAGUAUCAGUUCUGGUACGACAAUUACUACUGUGCACAACAAACGUAUCGUUCUCCUUCCUUGGUUGGGCUUACAGACAAAUUGACGGUGUCGCAAUCGGAACUCCAUUGAGCCCCAUUCUGGCACAUAUGUUUUUGGCUCAUCUUGAGGAAAAGGCGAGCAAAAUCCUCGAACGUUCACAACUUUACAAACGAUACGUUGAUCAUGUUCUAGUCAUCACAAUAAGUCUAGAAGAGACAACAUGGAUUAUGGACAAACUCGAUCGCCUGCAUCCGAAUAUACGAUUUACGAUGGAAACAGAAAUCGAAGAUACACUGCACUUCCUCGACAUUAAAAUGACUAGGAAUAAUGAUGGAACAAUGGCCAGAUCUGUUUACCGAAAAGAAACCUGGACAGGCCAAUGCUUGCAAUUUGACAGCUUUGUGUCUGUGGAAUAUGAACGUGGUCUGGUCCGAACACUAUUUCAAACAGCACGACAUAUCUGCACAGAAGACAUGAUUGACAACGAACUACGACAGCUGAAAGAAUCUUUGACUAGAAACGCUUAUCCCGAUGCGUUUAUCGAAAAGCACAGCAAGCCUAAAUUGAUCAGACAAACGAAUUGUUCAGCAGAAAAACUACUAGUCACCAUUUGUCUUCCAUUCAUACGUGAUGACAUCAAUUGCUUGCUCAAACGACCACUUGGAUCAGCGCUUGCCCAAAACAAAUAUUAUGCACCUGACCUCAGAAUUAUUCAUCGAACGAUUGAGAUCCCCACACCCUCGGUGAAACAACGUCCACCAAUGUACACCAAAUCGAAUCUGAUUUACCAAUUUCAGUGUAGUUGCGAAGCAACCUACUUGGGUCGAACAGAGCGCCAGUUACGUAACCGAGUGAUUGAAUAUAUUCCAAAUUGGGUACAACGUUUUGUGAUGCAAUCAGGGUCAGAUCAAAGGCAUAAUGACAACGUUCGAAACCAUAAGAUCCCGUCGUCGGCUGUCGGCCGUCGGCCGUCGGCCGUCGCUCGUCAUCUUCUGAUGACGCAACAUCCAGCUGACCGAAGCACUGCGUUUCGGGUCAUUUACGUGGCAAAGAAUACCAGGCUUUUGAGACAAAUUGACGGUGUCGCAAUCCGAACUCCAUUGAGCCCCAUUCUGGCACAUAUGUUUUUGGCUCAUCUUGAGGAAAAGGCGAGCAAAAUCCUCGAACGUUCACAACUUUACAAACGAUACGUUGAUCAUGUUCUAGUCAUCACAAUAAGUCUAGAAGAGACAACAUGGAUUAUGGACAAACUCGAUCGCCUGCAUCCGAAUAUACGAUUUACGAUGGAAACAGAAAUCGAAGAUACACUGCACUUCCUCGACAUUAAAAUCACUAGGAAUAAUGAUGGAACAAUGGCCAGAUCUGUUUACCGAAAAGAAACCUGGACAGGCCAAUGCUUGCAAUUUGACAGCUUUGUGUCUGUGGAAUAUGAACGUGGUCUGGUCCGAACACUAUUUCAAACAGCACGACAUAUCUGCACAGAAGACAUGAUUGACAACGAACUACGACAGCUGAAAGAAUCUUUGACUAGAAACGCUUAUCCCGAUGCGUUUAUCGAAAAGCACAGCAAGCCUAAAUUGAUCAGACAAACGAAUUGUUCAGCAGAAAAACUACUAGUCACCAUUUGUCUUCCAUUCAUACGUGAUGACAUCAAUUGCUUGCUCAAACGACCACUUGGAUCAGCGCUUGCCAAAAACAAAUAUUAUGCACCUGACCUCAGAAUUAUUCAUCGAACGAUUGAGAUCCCCACACCCUCGGUGAAACAACGUCCACCAAUGUACACCAAAUCGAAUCUGAUUUACCAAUUUCAGUGUAGUUGCGGAGCAACCUACUUGGGUCGAACAGAGCGCCAGUUACGUAACCGAGUGAUUGAAUAUAUUCCAAAUUGGGUACAACGUUUUGUGAUGCAAUCAGGGUCAGAUCAAAGGCAUAAUGACAACGUUCGAAACCAUAAGAUCCCGUCGUCGGCUGUCGGCCGUCGGCCGUCGGCCGUCGCUCGUCAUCUUCUGAUGACGCAACAUCCAGCUGACCGAACCACUGCGUUUCGGGUCAUUUACGUGGCAAAGAAUACCAGGCUUUUGAGACAAAUUGACGGUGUCGCAAUCGGAACUCCAUUGAGCCCCAUUCUGGCACAUAUGUUUUUGGCUCAUCUUGAGGAAAAGGCGAGCAAAAUCCUCGAACGUUCACAACUUUAUAAACGAUACGUUGAUCAUGUUCUAGUCAUCACAAUAAGUCUAGAAGAGACAACAUGGAUUAUGGAUAAACUCGAUCGCCUGCAUCCGAAUAUACGAUUUACGAUGGAAAAAGAAAUCGAAGAUACACUGCACUUCCUCGACAUUAAAAUGACUAGGAAUAAUGAUGGAACAAUGGCCAGAUCUGUUUACCGAAAAGAAACUUGGACAGGCCAAUGCUUGCAAUUUGACAGCUUUGUGUCUGUGGAAUAUGAACGUGGUCUGGUCCGAACACUAUUUCAAACAGCACGACAUAUCUGCACAGAAGACAUGAUUGACAACGAACUACGACAGCUGAAAGAAUCUUUGACUAGGAACGCUUAUCCCGAUGCGUUUAUCGAAAAGCACAGCAAGCCUAAAUUGAUCAGACAAACGAAUUGUUCAGCAGAAAAACUACUAGUCACCAUUUGUCUUCCAUUCAUACGUGAUGACAUCAAUUGCUUGCUCAAACGACCACUUGGAUCAGCGCUUGCCAAAAACAAAUAUUAUGCACCUGACCUCAGAAUUAUUCAUCGAACGAUUGAGAUCCCCACACCCUCGGUGAAACAACGUCCACCAAUGUACACCAAAUCGAAUCUGAUUUACCAAUUUCAGUGUAGUUGCGGAGCAACCUACUUGGGUCGAACAGAGCGCCAGUUACGUAACCGAGUGAUUGAAUAUAUUCCAAAUUGGGUACAACGUUUUGUGAUGCAAUCAGGGUCAGAUCAAAGGCAUAAUGACAACGUUCGAAACCAUAAGAUCCCGUCGUCGGCUGUCGGCCGUCGGCCGUCGGCCGUCGCUCGUCAUCUUCUGAUGACGCAACAUCCAGCUGACCGAACCACUGCGUUUCGGGUCAUUUACGUGGCAAAGAAUACCAGGCUUUUGAGACAAAUUGACGGUGUCGCAAUCGGAACUCCAUUGAGCCCCAUUCUGGCACAUAUGUUUUUGGCUCAUCUUGAGGAAAAGGCGAGCAAAAUCCUCGAACGUUCACAACUUUACAAACGAUACGUUGAUCAUGUUCUAGUCAUCACAAUAAGUCUAGAAGAGACAACAUGGAUUAUGGAUAAACUCGAUCGCCUGCAUCCGAAUAUACGAUUUACGAUGGAAACAGAAAUCGAAGAUACACUGCACUUCCUCGACAUUAAAAUGACUAGGAAUAAUGAUGGAACAAUGGCCAGAUCUGUUUACCGAAAAGAAACCUGGACAGGCCAAUGCUUGCAAUUUGACAGCUUUGUGUCUGUGGAAUAUGAACGUGGUCUGGUCCGAACACUAUUUCAAACAGCACGACAUAUCUGCACAGAAGACAUGAUUGACAACGAACUACGACAGCUGAAAGAAUCUUUGACUAGAAACGCUUAUCCCGAUGCGUUUAUCGAAAAGCACAGCAAGCCUAAAUUGAUCAGACAAACGAAUUGUUCAGCAGAAAAACUACUAGUCACCAUUUGUCUUCCAUUCAUACGUGAUGACAUCAAUUGCUUGCUCAAACGACCACUUGGAUCAGCGCUUGCCCAAAACAAAUAUUAUGCACCUGACCUCAGAAUUAUUCAUCGAACGAUUGAGAUCCCCACACCCUCGGUGAAACAACGUCCACCAAUGUACACCAAAUCGAAUCUGAUUUACCAAUUUCAGUGUAGUUGCGGAGCAACGUACGUGGGUCGAACAGAGCGCCAGUUACGUAACCGAGUGAUUGAAUAUAUUCCAAAUUGGGUACAACGUUUUGUGAUGCAAUCAGGGUCAGAUCAAAGGCAUAAUGACAACGUUCGAAACCAUAAGAUCCCGUCGUCGGCUGUCGGCCGUCGCUCGUCAUCUUCUGAUGACGCAACAUCCAGCUGA